GCAUUGAAACUUAAAAAAACCAAGGCCUUCGGCGGAAUUUUGUUCUGCUCCAUCGCCAUGUGAUCUUCUGCAACUUCACCUCUCUCUUUCUCUGUCUCUCUGUGUUCUCGUUUUCGUUUUCUUUCCUUUGUUUAUUCUUCAAACCACAACUCCAUUAAACAAAUGAAUUCAUCUAGAAAGCAACAACAUUUUCUAUGUUAACGUAUUAAUCUAUUUUCUCCAAAAAUUUUCUUAAUUAGGUUGCAAAAAAGAAACACCAACAAACUCAUACCUGAUCACUCAUUCCUUCAUCUCCACUUCAUUUCUCAACCAAAAACGAAAGACCCAUUUCACCUGCUAGUAAAAGAAGCAAUCUUCUUCUUCAUGCUUUAAAAAUCUUAUCUUAAAUGGGAGAAAUGCUGGAGUAUAAGAGACCACCCACUAAGAGGAACAACAGAGGAUUCUAUGUAAGAAUGAAACUUGUACACAGACAUGGAAGAUUUCAGCUGCAUCAAGAGAAGAACAGCAAUCUCUUCUUCAAAUAUUACAAAUGGAUUAUUUGGAUUUCUCUUUCUAUUUACUUCUUCAGCUCUUACUUCAUCACCCACAAGCCUAUUCCUCUGUAUAAAGCUCAGUACUUCUCCAAAUCCAGUGUAGUUUCUCGUCUCCUCUUUGAAUCCACCAACUCCACAUUCCCUCAACAACAAAACAACAAUCGAGCUUUGUUGAAGGAUUUGAAGAUAUAUAUCUACGAGUUGCCUGCAAAAUACAAUACGGAUUGGCUGGCCAACGAGAGAUGCAGCAACCAUUUGUUUGCAUCGGAGGCAGCUAUUCACAGAGCAAUAUCAAACAGCGAUGUACGGACGUUUGACCCUUAUGAAGCUGAUUUUUUCUUUGUACCUGUCUACGUGUCCUGCAAUUUCAGCACCGUUAAUGGCUUCCCUGCUAUCGGCCACGCUAGGUCCCUCAUCUCCUCCGCCGUCAACCUUGUUUCCACCAACUUCCCUUUCUGGAACCGCUCGCAGGGAGCUGACCAUGUCUUCGUCGCCUCUCACGAUUUUGGCUCUUGCUUCCACACUCUGGAGGAGAGGGCUAUGGAGGAUGGGAUACCCAAGUUCUUGAAGAAUUCCAUCAUACUACAGACUUUUGGCGUGAAGUAUCGCCACCCUUGUCAAGACGUAGAGAACGUGGUGAUACCUCCUUAUAUCUCUCCGGAAAGUGUGCAGUUGACCCUUCAAAAAACUCCGUUGACCGGCCGGCGAGACAUUUGGGUUUUCUUUAGAGGCAAGAUGGAAGUUCACCCCAAGAAUGUUAGUGGACGAUUUUACAGCAAGAAGGUGAGGACGGAGAUAUGGAGGAAGUUCAACGGUGACCGGAGGUUUUACUUGCAGAGGCAUAGAUUUGCGGGUUACCAGUCAGAGAUAGGACGGUCUGUGUUUUGUUUAUGUCCAUUGGGGUGGGCCCCAUGGAGUCCAAGACUUGUUGAAUCCGUUGCGUUGGGAUGCGUGCCGGUGAUAAUAGCCGAUGGUAUCCAGUUGCCAUUCCCCGCCGCCGUUCCAUGGCCUGAGAUAUCCCUCACGGUCGCCGAAAAUAACGUGGCAAAGCUGGCGAAGAUUCUCGAGCACGUGGCGGCUACUAAUUUGUCAACGAUCCAGAAAAACCUCUGGGACCCAGCUGUGAGGCGGGCCCUACUUUUCAACGAUGAGAUGGAAGAAGGAGACGCGACGUGGCAGGUGCUUUAUGCACUGGCACAGAAGCUGGAUAGGUCGCGUAGGACCACAAGAGUUGCAGUCCAAUGAGAACACGGCACGUGGACGAACACGACUGGUGGACCAUGUAGCCAAUUCGUGCUGCUAAUGCAGCUAUGCUUUCCCCACGUGGAUGCGCUUGCAUGUAAUGGAGUACAGCUGGAUUUUUCGGACUGCACGUAACAGUGAACGGGAAUUUUAAUACACCGAGUGGGGGUCUGCUGUGGGCAGAAGGAAACGACUUUUUUCUGGUCACGUGACUUGGUUUCUGAGUUGGCGAGCAGUGAUUGGUUUAAAAAGCUGUAAAAUAUAUAAAACAAAAUCCUUAAACUGUGAAUGUAAAUUUGGCAGAUGAAUUUUUGUAUUAAAAAAGUAGUCACGUGACUCGUGUGAUUAUAGAUAUUUAAA